AAGCAACUGUUAGCACAUUGUCAACAAAAUAGAAAAAGGAAAAAAAAAAUAAAUAAAAAAACAAGAUCUGUGAGAAAAUUGUUGAAUUAUUUACACAUAUUUUUUGAGCAUUUUCCAAACAAAUAAUUUAUAAAUAAAAAACUAACACAAUGUCGAUGCGCCCGGAUGAUCAUCGUCGCAAAUGGGACAAAUCCGAAUAUCAGAAAAAAGCCCAGGAACGUUUAUUAAAUCAAGCCAAGGGAAAUGAUAAAAGUGAUGAAGAACCCGUCCAAAGAGAAAGUCUCAAACGGCGUGACUACAAAGUUGACUUGGACAGUAAAUUGGGUAAAAGUGUGGUCAUUAAUAAGAAUACCCCCAGUUCCCAAUCGGGCGGCUACUACUGUAAUGUUUGUGAUUGUGUGGUUAAAGAUUCAAUCAACUUUUUGGAUCACAUUAAUGGUAAAAAACAUCAAAGAAAUCUGGGUAUGUCCAUGAAGGUGGAACGCAGCACUGUGGAUCAGGUGAAAGAACGUUUUCAGGCGAAUAAAAAGAAAAUGGAAGAAAAACAAAAGGAUUAUGAAUUGGAAAGACGUCUGAGAGAAGCCAAAGAGGAAGAAGAACGUUAUAAAGAGCAUCGCAAAGAAAAGCGAAAAGAUCGCAAGCGUAAAGCUGAAGAAGAUUUAGAUGGCAUGGCUCUAACAGAUGAUAUGGCCGAUAUGGCGGCCAUAAUGGGUUUCUCGGGUUUUGGUGGUUCAAAAAAGAAUGCAUAACUUUGUUUUAGUUGUUACUCAGGUUAAUAAGAACGACAAAAAAAAAAUGGAAAAUAUUUAUU